GGGUGACUGUAGCACUUCUCCGCCGGCCUCCAUCAUCAAAUUCGCUCCUUCACUUCUAAGCUCACGCGCCAAGACAUCGCCAAGGGGACUGGCUUGGCAUCAGAGGCCAAGUGCUUCCACCUUGAAUACAAGAGCGCGAUUCUCCCCCUCGAUUUCUUGGAAGGAAAGCGCGACUGCUCUAUCCUUCUAUUCACUACGGACAUAGAACUUGUUACAUUACUAGCAAAAACCUCGAUCAACUUUGUGAGGUUCUCGUCAACUAUCUCGACUUCAACUACACCCCAACACCCCAACGGACCCGCAUUGCGCGAUACCUAGAACCAGCAAUACGAUUCGAUGGCUGAUAACCAAACCCCUGUGGAGGCACCGGUAGCCGUCGCAGCACCCGAGGCCCCAAAGCCCGUGAUCGAGUCGGACUCGCUCUCAUGUCAAUGGGAUAAAUGUUCAGAGAAGUGCCUGUCAGCGGAGGCUCUCUUUGUAUGUUGAACCAUGAUUUUCUGAUGCGAUCGUUAUCAAUAUCAAUGUCUGCAUCUGCAGUACGGUACCUGCCAUGCGACUAGAGCUUCCUAUUACUCGGUUGCACUCUUGGCAUUCUGUCAUCUGGGAUGCCAAGGGAUUAGACUGAGAGGUAGCGAGGCUUUAGGUAUGGUAAUGGCAGAUGGCAGCUGUGAUGAUGGUGUCUGUGUAUAUGUAUGUGAUGAUGGUUGACUAACGUGCCCCUCUUGUGCAGGAGCACAUCUGCGAGAAACAUGUGGGACGCAAAAGUACCAACAACCUCAACUUGACCUGUGGAUGGAACUCCUGCAGAACCACCACCGUCAAGCGCGACCACAUCACCUCCCACAUCCGAGUCCAUGUUCCAUUGAAGCCUCACAAGUGCGACUUCUGUGGAAAGGCCUUCAAGCGGCCACAGGAUCUCAAGAAACACGUCAAGGUAUGCUCUACUCUGCUUCAACUCCAUCUCCAUCGUGGGGAAGUAUCAUUUACGAGCACCGACUAACCUCUUCAAGACUCAUGCCGAUGACUCGGUGCUCCUCCGAUCCCCCGAGCAGCAGCACGGAGGGCAGAACUCGGGCUACAGACAGGGAGGCAAAGGUACGUAGCAUUGCUGUAGCAUGUAGCACAGCGGCUCCGGCUCUGGUUGGACCCCAGACCACCAUUCUGACAUAGAAAAUAGUGAUUGCUAACCUGCAGAAUCUUGCAGCUGGUGCCGGAGGUUACUACGAUCAUGCCCCUCAAAUGCACCCAGGCCAGGCGCAAUACGGCCAUCCCGGACAACACCCAGGACACAACGGAUACUAUGCUCCUCAACAACAGCCCUCCUACGGCGGUCCAGUCUACUAUCCCGUCAGCCAUGGCGGUGAUAUGGGACACCACGCCGCUUAUGACAACCGAAAGCGCGGCUACGAGGCCUUGAACGAUUUCUUUGGUGAUGCCAAGAGACGCCAAAUCGACCCCACCUCCUACGACCAAGUUGGACAGCGAUUGAUGGCCCUCCAAGGCAUCCCAAUCCACGGUGGUGGUCUCACUGAUUACAUGCCAGCUGGUCCUGCAAUGGUCGCUGUAGGUGGUGGACCUCAUGGAGGCCAUCACGGUGGUCCCAUCCACCAACAUCAACAGUAUGCUCUCCCACCUAUGCCAAAUCUUAGAACCAAGAACGACCUGAUGAACAUUGAUCAAUUCUUGGAGCAAAUGCAAUCCACCGUCUAUGAGAGCGCCAAUGCCGCUGCAGCCGCUGGUGUCCAACAGCCCGGUUCUCACUACACCCACCAAGCCGUCAACUUCCGACAGAGCCACUCUCCACCACAGACCCAACUCUCAAGCCUUAGCCACCUCCAACCAGUAUCCUCCCACCAGACUGCACCAAUGAUGCACAGCCACUCCAGCCAAUCAAACUCAUCUGGCACCCCAGCAUUGACUCCUUCCUCAAGCGCUCUCUCAUACACCUCUGGACACUCGCCAAGCUCUUCCCACGGCAUGUCUCCCAUCUCCAAUGGAAUGUCCCCAGUUUCAAGACACGCCUCAACUGCAUCAGCAUACCCAAGCUUGCCAGCUGUUACUCACGGCUACUCACCACACUCCACCACCGCUCCAGCUUCCACUCUAGGUACCAACUUUGAUGCUGAUCAGCGCCGUCGUUACUCUGGUGGUAUGCUUCAACGUAGUGCUGGUCCUCGUGACUUCUCUAUCGAUAGUGCCUCAUCUCCAUCUGAUGAUUCUCGCACUCCAUCACCAAAGGAGACCACUCCACGCCCCGAUGGCAUUAUGAAGACUACCCUCUCCAGCAACAUCGACCCAGCACUUUCCGGUGCUCUCUCUCCAGCGGCCCACUCUGAGGGUGGAGACAGUGCUCGUGACCGUGCUGAGGAGCUUUGGAUCGAGAACAUCCGUGUUAUUGAAGCACUCAAGAAGAUGGUCAGCGACCGCUUAGAACGAGGCGAGUACGUUGAGGACGAGGACAUGGAUAUGGAGGAUGCCAAAUCACCCAUUCCAGAGCCUUCGUCGGAGAGCCUGUACCCCGUCCUUCGCGCCGAUGAUGAUUAGAUGAUGGACUUGCAGGUUCAGUGAAAUAUGUAAAGAAAGAAAAUGCUCAUCCUCUGAUUAACCUCACUUUUCAAGUGUGUUGACUGUUUCAUAUUUCUUGAAUCAUGAUGCAGCGGCGUUUUAUGGGUGGAAAAUUAUUUACGUUUUUAUUGGGAUCUUUUUGGUUGGUUGACUGGACUGGACUGGCUUGGCUUGGCGGCUGUUUUUUUUUUAUCUUUUUCUUCCUUCCUCCCUUUCCUUUUUCUCUCGAGGUUAUGAACUGAUGGGACUGGAUGGAGGGGAAAUGUGUAUUUUACUUUGAGCUUUCUUUUUUUUACGUUACUUUGCAGCACUUGCUUCACCGCGUAC